AUGUCCUGGCUAUGGCGAAGAGAGCAUCCUUGCACUCCUCCAAACACUAUCACCAUCACCCAAACCAUCCUGCAAGGCGCGGCUACUAGCAGAAUUACCUCGACCGAUUCUGCGCUCUCAACCUUGAGUGCCGAAUUUACCUUUGGUGCUAUCAACUUUGGCCAGGGUGAUAGUUCAAGGACACCGGGCGCGUCUGCCACAGAUUCAGGGUCUCUCUUGACCUCUGGUUUUGCGGGAACACCCCCAGUUACCAGUAUCACGCUUUCAAGUACAGUUCCGACCACCAAGACGAUUCAUCUCGUUUCCGCCUCUGCCUCCGCCACAUCGAGCGCCACGUCAAGUGCCUGCCCCACGCAAUCAUCUUCGUCGUCAAGCUCUAAACAUUCUGGAGCCAUCGCUGGUGGUGUUCUUGGUGGAAUGGCGGGUGUCGCCCUGAUCCUCCUGCUGUUGCUGUGGUGCAGUAGGCGACACUCGAAAUUCAAACUCACCUUCAAACGGAAAAUGAUAAAUACUGUAGACGAGCAAAAAAGGGAGGAUGCAGUUCAACAAGAGCGUGGCUUUGCGAUGCAGCGACUUGAGCAAAACCAUGAGAUUCCAAGCCCACGGUCGUUCGAUUUCGGGCUCCCGAAAGUGCCGCAGAACUCGACGCCUAUAAUGCCAAAGCAAUGGAUAUGA